AUGGCCGAGCUCAAGGCCGCCUCGGAGGGCCCCAUGAAGGGCGUACUGGGCUUCACCACCGACGACGUGGUGUCGUCCGACUUCAUCCACGACGCCCACUCGUCCAUCAUCGACGCCAAGGCCGGCAUCCAGCUCAACGACUCCUUUGUCAAGCUGGUGUCUUGGUACGACAACGAGUGGGGCUACUCCUGCCGUGUGGUUGACCUGAUCGAGUACAUGGCCAAGGCCGAGGUCAAGGCCAAGUGA